UUCUUCAAAUAGUGUUGAUUCACUGCAUUGCUGGCAGUUUCUUUGGAUACAACAUUGGUUUUGUGGGGCCGUAUUACACCUUUGUUAGGGUUAGCCGUGAGUGUUCUCUUAACACGGGGGAGAGUGCAUGCGUGAGCUUUACUCCGGGUCAAUGUAUUUGGCAUAAUGGGAACUGUGAAUUUGUUAAAUCAACUUGCACAGGUUUGGUGCGGACGGAGUGCAAUUCUGGUGUUGCUCAUAGGCAAAGCCAUUGUCAUUGGAAUACGCAAAUCGGUGCUUGUGAGCCUUUAGUUGGCUACACUGCCGUGGAAAACGGAAUGUUUGCCGCUAGCAUGAUUGUAGGUGGUUGCCUUGGUUCAAUUGGUGUUGGGUUUUUGAUAACUGUGACAGGACAAAAAGGAACUUUUUUAAUUGCUGGCAUUUUGGCAUGUAUGGCGUCUCUUUUGACGCAUGUGUCCACGUACACGGCACAGUAUCCCAUGGUUAUUGUUGGUCGUGUGCUGGCAGGUGUUGUCUCUGGGGUUCUUUGUGUUGUUUCUCCCAUGUACGUGGAGGAGGUAACACCUGUGUGCCAUCGACAGCUCGUCGGCGUGUUUUUUCAGCUUGCGUGUACGCUGGGUAUUCUUUUGGCGGCAGCCGUGGGAUUGGCCUUAAACCCACGGGAUUUUUCGAAAGACGUUCAUAUGCAAGUACGCCACCAAGGAUUAUGCAUACCGAGCAGCCUUUUUAGUGGGUUACUCGUGAUUGUUGGUCUAUUGAUGCAAGAAUCCCCCAACUGGGUAGAGCAGGUGCUUCCUAGGAGGGGGGCAAGAGAGGAAUGGCGCUCUAUCAAUGCCCCACUAAGAGGCAGAGUUGGGGGUGCGAGUGAUGUUGUUGAAGGAGCAACCGAACCUAAUAAUGCACGGCCUUCCUGGAGUGUCUUAGCUCAACCUCUUUUUACGGCGUUUAUCCUCUGCAUUGCCCAACAAAUGACAGGGAUUAAUGCAAUCAUGAAUUAUGCCCCUACCAUUACAAGUGCCUUGGGUUUCGCACCUCUUACUGGUAACCUUUUUGUUAUGGCUUGGAAUUUUGCGUCUGUCCUCGUAUCGAUUCCAUUAUCAUUUAAAUACAGAGCGGAUCACAUGUUUAACAUCGCAUUGUCUAUGGCCUCAGUUUCGUGCUUACUGACAGGCAUAUCACUCUUUCCAGCCGUCGGUGUAUCUGUCACGGUGAAGCGGGUGCUCUCAGGUCUUGGGAUUGCUCUAUUCAUUUUCUUCUUUGAGGUCGGGAUGGGAAGCUUUUUUUGGGCUCUUUCUCAGGGCAUUUUCCCACCGACGUUUCGCGCGCGAGGAUCGAGCUUAACUAUACUCCUUCAAUUUGUUUUGAAUAUCAUCAUGAAUCUGGGUUUCCCUGUGGCCGUAGAGCAACUCUCGGGUGGGCCUACUGAAAACCAGGACAAAGGCAUGGGCAUAGCCUUCAUGGUAUUCGGGGGCAUUGGCAUUGCUUCUGCUGCGUGUCUUACCAGGUAUUUGCGUCUGUGGGAUGCGGAGUAG